CAAAUUCACACGCUAAGCUGGCCAAACCGAGUCGCAACAACCUCAUCAUGGACACUUCCUCUGCCACUCCUAUCCUCCAUCAAAACCGGUGGUGGCACCGCUUUCUGCGUCUCAAAACCACCCUCUCCUCCGAACUCUCCGGCGCAGUGGGUGACUUAGGCACCUUCAUCCCAAUAGUUCUCACUCUCACACUGGUUUCCCACCUUGACCUUUCUACCACCCUCAUCUUCACCUCCCUUUACAACAUUUCCACUGGCCUCCUCUUCGGCCUUCCCAUGCCUGUCCAGCCCAUGAAGUCCAUUGCUGCUGUCGCUGUCUCCGAGCUACCCCAUCUCACCACUGCCCAGAUCGCUACCGCUGGUGCAACCACUGCUGCCACCCUCCUUAUCCUUGGUGCCACCGGCCUUAUGUCCUUCUUCUACCGCUUCAUCCCUCUCCCUGUUGUCCGCGGAGUUCAGCUCUCCCAGGGCCUUUCAUUCGCCUUCUCCGCCAUCAAGUAUAUUCGAUACAAUCAAAAUUUUGUCACUUCCAAAUCUACCACUCGUCGGUCUUGGCUUGGUCUUGACGGUCUCAUUCUUGCUAUUUCUUCUCUUCUGUUUCUAGUUCUCACCACCGGCUCCGGUGGUCAUAAUCACACAACCAACAACAAUGAUAACAAUUCGUUGACUCGCUCUCAGCGACGGGUGAGUAAAAGAUUGCGGGUUUUGUCAGCAAUUCCUUCUGCUCUUAUAGUGUUCUUAUUUGGGUUGGUUUUCUGUUUCAUCCGAGACCCGUCCAUCAUUAAGGAUCUAAAAUUUGGUCCUUCGAGAAUCCAGCCGCUGAAAAUUACAUGGGAGGAUUGGAAAAUCGGGUUCUUGAGGGGUGCAAUCCCCCAAAUCCCACUGUCCAUAUUGAAUUCUGUAAUCGCAGUGUGUAAAUUAUCCACAGAUUUAUUCCCAGAUCAUGAAUUGUCAGCGACAAAGGUUUCUGUUAGUGUUGGGAUUAUGAAUUUGGUGGGUUGCUGGUUUGGAGCCAUGCCAGUGUGCCAUGGAGCAGGUGGGCUAGCUGGGCAGUACAGGUUUGGUGCCAGAAGUGGUGCAUCUGUGAUUUUUCUGGGGAUAGGGAAAUUAGUUAUAGGAUUGCUUUUUGGAAAUUCGUUUGUGAGGAUUUUGAACCAAUUUCCAAUUGGUAUUCUGGGAGUGCUGUUAUUAUUUGCUGGGAUUGAGUUAGCCAUGGCAUCCAAGGAUAUGAAUACAAAAGAGCAAUCUUUUGUGAUGUUGGUUUGUGCUGCUGUGUCGUUAACUGGUUCUAGUGCUGCAUUGGGAUUUGGGUGUGGGAUUUUGCUUCAUCUGUUGCUAAAAUUAAGAAGCAUGGAGUGCUCUUGUUUUGGUUUUCUCAGGUCUAAGUCUUCUGCUUCUGCUGUGGAGUCUACUCCUUCAGUUUAGCCCGCAAGGCAAUGGAAAUUGUAAAGAGAACCGCCGAUACUAAGCUGUUCAUGAAAAUUACCUCAAAAGUGGAGCUUGGUCAUAUUGAGUUAAACGAAUAGAUGUAAAUAAUUAUCAAGAUGAUUAAGAAUAUAUUUCCUUGAUCAUAAUUCUGAAGAUGCUCUCAAUUAAAUUAAAAUUAAUUUAUAUUAGAAGGAGAAUUUGAGUGAUGAAAUUGGAAUAUUAGUUAUGAAAGUGAAAACAAAAAGCUCAGUGCUUUUGCUUGAAAAAAAACAAAACAAAACAAAAACCAAUGCAUAUGGAGGCGGCCUCCAAACUUCGCUCACGGGAGUAGCAGCUCAACACAACAAUUGAUGGUGAUUAUGAAAAGUUAGUAAAACCAGGAGGAGGUUGGUGAUUACAUGGGCUAGCCAACCAAUUAGUGGCUUUUGCAUGGUUACAAAAGAAAAGGCACGUCUUCCUUCUUGUCACAUAUGGGAUAGGCUGUGUUGAUUGGGUCUAACAAAAUUAUUAUAGGUUAAAG